AUGCCAUGGAUUAUGAUUCUCCGGGCCUUCACUUACUUGCCAGCUGCCGGCGCAUCUUUCGUGCAUCUGGCAGCGCAGGUCCCCUGGCAGUCUUUGCCUGGCUUGGACGCCGGCUUGGAGCACGCUGCUCGAGCAGAGUACGAGCUGGGCGUGCAGGCCAAUUUCCGCAAAUUUCUGGGACGAUGCAACCUGAAGCAAGACGCGUUGCGAGCACAGCUUCGAAUGCCGCUCGCUGCAGCCCUCCCUUCGCUGGCCUGCAUGCAGUGUCGUCCCUCCAUGCUCCGCCGGUCGUCGUUUGUCUUUGCUGGUUUUGUCAGUGCUUCGUUGCAGGUUCAUCACGGCCUGCAAACACCCAUGUCGCUGAAAGGCUGUGACUAG